AAGGUUGGAUAUUCGGUACGAUUCGAUGAUAAAUCAUCACAUUCUACAAUCAUAAAAUAUUUAACGGAUGGAAUGUUAUUAAGAGAAUUAUUGUCGGAUCCAUUAUUAUUAAAAUAUUCAAUAGUAAUAUUGGACGAAGCACAUGAAAGAACUAUGCGCACAGAUAUUCUUUUUGGUAUGGUUAAAAGAGCUCAAGAAAUUAGAAAAAAUAAAAGUAACCAAGAAGAUAAAAAUUAUGAACCGUUAAAAAUUAUUAUUAUGAGCGCUACGCUUGAUGCAGAAAAAUUUGCUAGAUAUUUCAAUACUUCUACUAUAUUGAAGAUUCCCGGAAGACAAUUUCCUGUUACUAUUAAUUACGCUUCUGAACCACAAUCGGAUUAUUUAGAUGCUGCUUUAACAACUACGAUGCAGAUUCACAUGGACCAACCUAAGGGAGAUAUCUUGGUAUUUUUACCUGGUCAAGAGGAUAUUGAAAUACUUGAAAAAUUAAUAAAUGAUUAUGGUACCUCACUUCCACCUGAUAAACUAAAGGUUAUUACGUGUUUAUUGUUUGCCGCCUUACCUACGGAACAGCAAACCAAAGUAUUCGAUCCUGUACCACCUGGAACGCGUAAAAUAAUUCUUGCAACGAAUAUAGCAGAAACUUCAAUUACAAUUAGAGGAGUGCAAUAUGUUGUUGAUACAGCGAAGUGUAAGAUACGUAAAUUUAACCCAAGAAUUGGUAUGGAAAGUUUAUCAAUAGAAAAUAUUUCAAAAAAUUCAGCAGAUCAAAGAAUGGGAAGAGCAGGUCGUGAGGCAUCGGGGGUUUGUUAUCGUCUAUUUACAAAAGAUGAGUAUAAUAGAAUGGAAAAAGAUACUGAACCUGAGAUUAAGAGAUGUAAUCUUGCACCGAUAAUUCUGUUGUUAAAAGCAUUGGGUAUAGAUGACGUAUUAGGAUUUGAUUAUCUGGACGCACCAUCGAGAACCUUAUUAAAGAGAGCUUUGGAGCAAUUGUUUAUUCUUAAGGCUCUUGAUAGCCAGGGGAGAAUAACGGAACUUGGUAAAAAAAUGGCAGAAUUCCCACUUGAACCAGCUUACGCAAAAGUUCUUAUAGUGUCACAGGAAAUGUCAUGUACACGUGAAGCAAUUGAAAUUGUUUCAUUACUUUCAGUUGAAUCAAUAUUUUUUUCUCCACAAGAUCAAAGAGAACAUGCAAGCGAAAUGAAAAAGAAAUUCAUUUCGCCAUUUGGAGAUUUAAUUACAUUUCUUAAUGUAUUAAGAUCAUAUGAAGUACAAAAAGGAAAUUCUGAAUGGUGUCAUCAAAAUUUUAUUAAUAGGCGCAAUAUGAAACAUGUAAUUGAAGUAAGAAAACAGCUAAUUCAGUUAUGUACUAGAAUGGGAAUUCCGACAAAUAGUUCUUGUGGAAAUGAAUAUGAAAUUGUUUUAAAAUGUAUAUUAUGUGGAUUUUUUCGCAAUUCUGCUAUAUUACAGCCCACGAACAAUUAUAGAACUAUUUUCAGUAAUCAGAAUGUGAAUAUACAUCCAUCCUCUACUUUAUUCAAUAAAAAAGUAGAGGCUGUCAUGUAUACUGAAUUGGUGUUGACUACAAAACCUUAUAUGAAGAAUGUAUCCGCAAUUCAAAGUAAUUGGUUAUCUGAUACUGCACCAAAUAUUCAAAAAUAA